GGGUGUGUUUCCGGGUUGGUUUCGUCCUGCAGCAGAGAAACAACGAUGAUCAAUAAUGAUCAAUAACAACCGAUUGAUGGGCUGAUCGGCGCCGAGCACCUGUCUGUCUGAACACCUGCGUGACGUCAUCAUGGCCAAACAGCUGAUCAUCGCAGACGAUGAGGAGGUGCAGGCGGAGGAGCUGAACCCGUUCUCCUUCAGAGAGUUCCUACGCUGGAAGAUCCACGACCAGGACCAGGAUCCAGACCAGGACCAGGAUCCAGACCAGGACCAGGAUCCAGACCAGGACCAGGAUGAGACUCAUAUGAAGGUCGGCAGCUCUCUGACCUUUGACCCUGAGCUCAGGAGCUGUUUCUUCUCUGAACCGUCACUCAGCCCGGUGGCUCCGCAGGAGGACGAGGAGCAGUGGGGGCGGAGCUUCCUGUCAGGUGUGGACAGCACAGAGGAGGAGGAGACCAGAUUCUCCUCCAAACCUGAAGAUCAGCUGACAGCAGCAGGAGAAAACUACGAGGGAGACGACGAGACGUCUAUCAGCGAACCAAUCAGCUGCAGGAGGCGGAGCCAACUACAACAGCUGAAGGAGGAGAACGUGUCAUUGAGGAGGUCCAUCAGGGAGCUGCAGAGGAGAUCGGAGGCUAAUGAACGCAGGGUGGCGGCGCUGUCGGAGGAGCUGCUGCAGAGGAGGCGUCAGGAGGAGAAGGAGGCGCAGGACCUGGAGAGCAUGGUUCACUCAGUGGAGCAGAACCUGGGCCUGAUGACGAAGCGAGCAGUGAAAGCAGAGACCUGUGUGUCCAGACUGCAGUUGGAGCUGCAGAAGCUGCAGACUCAGGUUGAAUCUCUGCAGUCGGAGAACAACAGUCUGAAGUCAGCCGAGUCUGAGGUCGUCAUGACGAUGAGACACAACGCUCAGAUGGCGUCUGAGUACCUGAACAAGACGGCGAGCCAGGCCCGCACCUCCAUCCGUCAGCUGUUGGGGGAAACAGAAACUCUACAUCUGGUCUCUCAGCUUCUUCAGUCCAUCGAUAAGAUCUCCGAGCUGAACACGGAGUCCUGAACGCCUCGUCUCUGACGGACAGGAGGACAUGUUGUCAUGGAAACAGCCAGUGAGGAGGUCAGAGGUCAGCAGGAUCAGGACUUGUUUAACCGUGAAGCUCACCUGCACACACCUGGCUUUAAUGACAUCACAGCAGCCUGACAGGACGUCUGGCUGCUGAUUGGUCGGUUGGACUGAAGACAGAUUUCUCUUUAAUGUUUUUUACAGUGUGAAAUUAAACAUAAAAUUGCACUUUAUGAAGAAAAACCUGCAGAUUUCAUAUCUUCAACAUCUUUAAUAUCUUCCUGGUGUUUGAUUUGUUACUGAUGAUGCUUCUUUAAACUCUGAUUACUUUAUAAUA